AUUUUACACCGUUGGCGACUGUGAUUUGACCGUCGGAGGUCACGUGGCCUCCACCCUCGAAACUUCCGGUAAGCGCACUCUGCCGGUGUUCACCGGAGUUCUUUCUUACUACAUGGCUCGUGGCGCGGCAUAGUUCUUGUCACCAUGAAGCUGAACGUGUCGUUUCCGGCAACAGGAUGCCAAAAACUACUCGAAAUAACGGAUGAGCACAAGCUCAGAGUUUUCUACGAGAAGCGUAUGGGUGCUGAAGUAGAAGCUGACACACUAGGUGACGAAUGGAAAGGAUACGUUGUACGCGUAGCUGGUGGAAACGACAAGCAAGGUUUCCCCAUGAAGCAGGGUGUCCUGACCAAUGGUCGUGUACGUCUGCUUCUAUCUAAAGGACAUUCUUGCUACAGACCGCGUCGUGACGGUGAGCGUAAACGCAAAUCAGUGCGAGGUUGUAUUGUUGAUGCCAAUCUCUCAGUUCUCGCACUCGUUAUUGUGAAAAAAGGCGAGCAGGAAAUUCCGGGAUUGACUGACAAAAAUGUACCUCGUCGUCUUGGGCCUAAGCGUGCAAGCAAAAUCCGCAAGCUGUUUAACCUGACUAAGGAUGAUGACGUACGUCAAUUUGUAGUCAAACGGCCGGUGCGCAAGGAAGGUAAGAAGGAGCGUCAUAAGGCACCGAAGAUUCAGCGUUUGAUCACCCCGCUUACACUUCAGAGGAAGAGGCAUAGGCUGGCAUUGAAGAAGAGACGUUGCCUAGCUCGCAAAGAGCAAGCUGCUGAAUACGCCAAGCUCCUGGCCCAGCGGCAAAAAGAGGCUAAGGCUAAACGCCAGGAAGAGCUGAAGCGUCGCCGUAGUGCUUCUAUGCGCGAUUCAAAGUCAUCUAAUCAGUCGGCACCAACUACCACUCAAAAAUGAACUGACUAAUGAAUUUACACAUUGUAAACAAUAAAAGCAGUUUUAAAAAAUAA